UUCUCUCUGUGUCCCAAACAAAGUGUCACAAAGAGCUCGGCCCGCGGCAGCCGCGGAGGCGGCUGUAACUCUGCUUUUGUUCUCCUGGCCCGGGGUAGCUGAGCUCUGGCCUCCCUGUCUUCCAACCCUGCCCCCAUUAUCCUCCUGGAUUAUUUUCCACGGGUGGAGUGUGAGGUGUGCUGGUGGAGUCCCUCGUGUGAGAGCACAGGUCCUGCUCUGCUUGCCUACCAGUUUUUGAGAGGGGUAUUUUCCCAGAAGAUCUCUUGCCCACCUCCCAGCCUGAGAACUGAGGCUCAUACUGCCACUAACACUGACUUUUUUUUAGGGCCAGCCCUAGUUAAAGAGACUUAAGCCUGUAUAUAUGCCCUCUUUACCGCCCCCCCCCCCCAUCCCAGGCUCCUGAGAACUUUCAGAAUGGGGUCAAGUUAGGACAUGCUAGAACAUGGAUCUGGGAUAAGAUUGCGUGUGAGUGUGUGUGUGUGUGUGUGUGUGUGUGUGUAUUGUACCUCCCUCUCACCUCUUCAUCGUUAUUUGGGAGCCAAUGACUGAAAUUUCAUGUUGCCCCCGUGCCCCACCCCCCUCCAGUCCUUUCUCCCCAAGAACUCUUUCUACAAAGUGUAGGUUCGGUGUACUGUGGCUUUGAAACAGCUCUCAGGUUCCGAGAGCCAUGGAGCGACCGUACAAGCCACCUUCUGGGGAACUUCCCUGAGGAGAAAUUCAUCUUCCAUUUGUGCCUUCUUAUGUGUUUCUGCACUCCGUCCUGGAAACUGCUACAUGUGGAAGUGCGGGGGUUCUCGUUCGGGUGAGGAAGCCUGGCCUUUUUCCUCCUCCUUUUGCCUCAGAUAUUAGGCCAUUUUCCUAGGACACAUUUUGCUUAGUGUUUUACAGGCAAUUUUAGAGGCCCUAGAAUCUUCUCAGAAUCAGAAUAUGUGCCCAUAGGUUAGUCAGCUAUGACCAUGCAGUAUUCACACACACCCCUCCCAGCCAUCUGCUUCCUCUGAAUAUACCAGAUUGGCUGUACACCAGGAUGUUCCGGGAAUCCCCAGGAAAGCAACAGAAUGUGAUGGACUCAAAUACGAUGCCUCAGUAACUCAUUCCAGGAUGUACAAACUGUAACUGUUGUGACAUUCUGUAAAGCUAAUUAAAAAAUUUUAGGUGUGUGUAUUUUUUAUUUUCAAUGACAUUCGAAAGGCCACAGUAAUUCCUCUGGUAGAUACCCCUCCAUAGUUUCUCUGAAACCCCUGUGUAGUUUAUGAAUAUGAAUAUAUAUAUAUAUAAAUCCAGUAGUUUCUGUGUCCUCUCUGGUUCUAAAAUGGGCAACGUGGGCUCUCUACCACUUCCUAGCUCUAUCUGUGGUACUGAGGUAGCCAGAGGUCCAUCUCUAGUAGCCCACUGCACUCUCCAUGGUACUGAAGGAAUGGCCAUUUGUUUUAGCAUCUCUUGGGGGCCAGAAGAGACCUGUGACUUAAAACCACACAACUUUUAAGUUGGCAGGGACUAUAAAUGUAAAUUCAGUAUAACUCAUUUCACAGAAGGUAAACUGAGAGGAUAGCUGGUUACUGAAGGUUGUAAGGCCUAGGCUUGCAAUAGCCUGUACUCCUUAGUUCUAUUCUAACACCUUUAUGCAGUUGUCAUUGAACCUGAUCAGACUCUUGGUCCCAGUAACCUACAGGCCAGGAAAGGAUGCCUGAAUUUGGACCCAGAGAAACACACACAUUAAGUGGCAGUGGUUUCCUGCUGAUGUUUGAGCAGGACAUCUUGUUAAUUUUGGCUCUCAAAAGUCAGAGUCUGCAUGUGACAGGUGUUUGCCCCUUCAUAAAGUCUUGCCACAUCCACUAAACGUUGAAAAUUUAAGAAGCUUUGGACCCCCAGUGUUUUCUUUGCUGAUAAGCAGGGCUAACUCCUGGCCCAGUUCUCUUCAUUUAAAAAUUUGUAAGUAAAGUAAUGCUUGAGUCCUCCUUUUUGUUAGUAACCCAUUUCAGUUUCAUAAUUCUCAUUGUAAGGAAGUUCUUUAUAGAGUAUUGUGUCUGAUGUUUAAAAAAAGAAGCUAGGCCCAAGUUCAUCUACCUGAACAAGAUACAAUUCUAUAUGGAAGGAGGAAGGUAGGAUGACUUGUGGUCAUCCACUGAAGCCUAAAUUCCAUGACCUUCUUAGCAGGCAGACCUCCCGUUACCAUCCCCUUCCUCAACUCUCUCCUUCCCAGCCCUGUGCAGCACUUGUCAGGGAUAGGGAAUUUUAGAUGGAGAAUUUUAACCCUUUCCUGCUCAGAGCUUGUGUGGAUCUCCUAUCUGUGCAGAUGGCAAGGCCCCGCCCCCCAUCCCUCACUCCAGCCUCUUGAGCUCAGAGCCAGUGUAAUCCUCCUCUUGUGUGAGGAAGCCUCUCCCCUGCAGAGAGGAGGAAAGCCUGCUUCGGAACAGCUCUGGACAAAGGGGCUGAGAUGCCCCGUCAAACCACAGGCUCCAAGGUUUGAACCGGGGUGAAACCUAAAUGGGACUUGCAGUUUUUAACCCCUUCCCUAGGCUGGUAGUGCCCCUUAACUUCCAGGCCUCCCCCAACUCUCUUCAUUCCCUCUGUAGCUGGCUCUCCCUCCAUGCCCCUCCCCCUCUGUCUCCAGACUCUGCUGCUGGGAGGUGUUUCUCUCCCAUGCAUGAAUGAGUCUCUGUAAUGAAUGGAAAUGAAUGGAUCAGGAAUCCAGGAAGGGGGAGGGGGAGGAGGAAAGACCAGAAGACUGGGUGCCGGCAGAAGCAAGGAGGAGGAACCUGGAGGGAUUCUGGCUGGCUGGCCCUGGGUCUGAGAGGAGCUAGUGCCAUUUGGAUAACAGGAGUAUGGCUAGCCCUCCACAUUUGUUUAUCCAGGGGCACAGCCCAGCGCGAGUGGAAGAGGGGUAUACUAUGAUGGCCUCCCACAUUGUGUGUGCGCUCCUGUGUGUGUGUGUGCGCGUGUGCGUGUGUGUGUGUGUGUGUGUGGUGAUGGGGGUUCUGGAUGAGGUGUUUAAAACAUCACUUGGGGGAGGAAGUCUGGAUUUAUCAUACAAGUUGGUAGAUCAAGGGAUGCAAGUUUUGAGGACAGCAAAUAGGAAGCAUGUGAUACCCCAAGAUUACAGUAGGUAGAAGGGGUGGGUUUCAAGAAUACAGGCUGCUAAGUGGGGUGACUUUACUGCUGAAAGCCAGGGCUCAUCGUUCCUCCAAUCACUCUGUCUUGUUUUAGCACCUCCGCACCUGUUGCCUUCAUUAGCAGCUUUUCUUCCUCCUCCUUCCAAUCCUCAGAACCAAAGAAUGUGAAAGGGGUCCAUGGAGGUGAGUGAAGUUCUGUCCUUGACCUGAGUAUCUUCAACGGCACACCCUCUCCUGCCUCCUUUUUUUUUUUUUAACUUCCUAUUAUAGUAACAUAGGUUAUUUACUUGGCCCCAGUGUCUAACUUCCACUCAUCCCACAAUUUCUGUAGGCGAGAAGCACCAGUGUACCUAGGUCAGGCUCCAACCUCCCAGUCUACAUAUACACUCUUCUAUUUAUCCUUCGUCCCCUUGAUGCCUUUGCGUUUUCUACAAAUCGACCUUUUCCACCCUGUCCUCCACGUGCAUCUUUCCCCACAGGGCUCACGUCCCCGCAUCCUGGUCGGCCACCUAGAGCCUUCCCCACCAGCCUUCGACGGCGAGCUGGAUCUGCAGCGCUACUCCAACGGACCAGGUGUCAGCGGGACUCCAGGACCCGGGUCGCCUGGGAUGGGAGCAGUGGGCUGGUCUGAGACUCGUGCAGGCGAACGGCGCUUCCCGUGUCCUGUGUGCGGAAAGCGCUUCCGAUUCAAUUCCAUCCUGGCUUUGCACCUGAGAGCCCACCCGGGCGCCCAAGCCUUCCAGUGCCCACAUUGCGGCCACCGCGCAGCGCAGCGGGCUCUGCUGCGCUCACAUCUCCGAACGCACCAGCCGGAGCGUCCACGCAGCCCUGCUGCACGGCUGUUGCUGGAGUUGGAGGAACGCGCCCUGCUUCGUGAAGCCCGACUCGGGAGAGCCAGAAGCUCAGGGGCCAUGCAGUCCAGCCCUGCUGCAGAGGGCCUGGCUCGCCCUCAGGUUCCUUCCUCAUCUGCCUUCCGUUGCCCUUUCUGCAAAGGCAAGUUUCGCACCUCAGCGGAGCGGGAACGCCACCUGCACAUCCUGCACAGGCCCUGGAAGUGCAGCCUGUGCAGUUUUGGCUCUAGCCAGGAGGAGGAGUUGCUGCACCAUAGUCUGACGGCCCACGGGGCUUCCGAGCGCCCCCUGGCGGCUACUUCUACUCCUGAACCCCAGCCUCCACCCCAGCAAGAACCCAGAUCUGCCCUUGAGCCUGAGUCUGAGCCUGAACCUAGGCCAGAGCCUGAACGUGAGGCAAACCCUGCUCCAACUCCUGCCCCUCCGGAGGAGCCCCCUGCGCCACCUGAGUUCCGUUGCCAGGUGUGCGGCCAGAGCUUUACACAGUCCUGGUUUCUCAAGGGUCACAUGCGCAAGCACAAGGCCUCCUUUGAUCAUGCGUGCCCCGUAUGUGGUCGCUGCUUCAAGGAGCCCUGGUUCCUUAAGAACCACAUGAAGGUGCACACCAGCAAGCUGGGUCCUUUGCGUGCUCCAGGCCCUGGCUCUGCGCCUGCCAGAGCCCCUCAGCCUCCUGACCUGAGCCUACUGGCUUAUGAGCCACUGGGCCCUGCGCUCCUCCUGGCCCCAGCACCCACUCCGGCUGAGCGCCGAGAGCCCCCAAGCCUCUUAGGCUACCUGAGUGUACGAGCUGGGGAAGUACGACCCAAUGGUGAGGGUGCUGACCCUGGAGGUGGCCGAAGCUAUGGAGGAUUCCGCCCACUGCCUUCGGCUCUUCCCAACCGGGCUCGGCGACACCGUACAGAGGAACCAGAAGAGGAAGAAGAAGUGGUGGAGGCGGAAGAGGAGAGCUGGGCCCGAGGCAGGUCGCUGGGCUCUCUGACUUCCCUGCACCCCAACCCAGGUGAGGGAUCAGGACAGCCUGCACCUGCCGCGGGGGCCCAGGCAAGAUCUACAGCCACCCAAGAAGAAAACGGGCUGCUGGUUGGAGGGACACGAUCUGAAGCGGGCCGUGGGGCCACUGGCAAGGACUGCCCCUUCUGUGGAAAAUCGUUCCGCUCGGCGCAUCACCUAAAAGUGCAUCUUCGAGUGCACACAGGUGAGCGUCCCUACAAGUGUCCACACUGCGACUAUGCAGGUACCCAGUCUGGCUCGCUCAAGUAUCAUCUUCAGCGUCACCACCGAGAGCAGAGGAGCAGUGCGGGUCCUGGGCCACCUCCAGAGCCCCCACCGCCUUCCCAGCGGGGCUCACUGCAGCCGCAGUCAGGAGCCAAGCCAACUCAGGCCUCUGCCACCUGGGUAGAGGGCACUGCAAGUACCCGGCCUCCUUCGAGCAGCACCGGACCAGGGUCCCGUAGGAAGCCUGCCAGCCCUGGGAGGACCCUGCGCAACGGGCGAGGUGGUGAGGCCGAACCCUUGGACCUGUCCCUACGGGCAGGCCCGGGAGGUGAGGCCGGGUCAGGGGGUGCCCUUCACCGCUGCCUCUUCUGCCCCUUUGCCACUGGAGCUCCUGAGCUCAUGGCCUUGCAUCUGCAAGUACACCACAGCCGUCGUGCUCGGGGCCGCCGGCAGCCCCGAGCUGACACGUCUCCACCCUAUGUCCGGGCACCAUCAGGAGAGACCCCUCCCAGUCCUCCACUAGAAGAGGAGGGCAGCCCAGGGCUGUCUAGAUCCGGAGAGGCAGGUCUUGGGGGGCAAGAACGGUAGGGAGCCCUCUUAGGAGUGAUUAGCUUAGUAAGCUUACCCCGCAGGAGCGGGGAAGUGCUAGAGGUAGUUGGGUAGAGCAGCCAGCAGGGAGCAGUGUGGGACCCGUAUCCCAGCCCAAGGUGGACCAAGAGGUAAAGCGGGCAGUGGGUGAAGGAGAAUGGGCAAGCAGUAGCCACCCAGCCCAGAGGAGUCACAGUGCCUUAGAAGUGGCAGAGGUGAGGGUCAAAGAACGGGGUCCUAGGGCUGGUGGAGGCCGUGUUCCUGCUGAGGAGCCACUCUGCCAGUUUCUGCUGGUCCAUAGGCAUGAGAGUUUAUUUUUGUAUAAGGGGUGGGGGUGGGGGCCACUGUACCCUUCUAGCCCUAUCAGGGGCCCUGUAGACGUUGCUAUUUUUGGUACGAUUCCUGUCAUCCCUGUUGAAGAGUCAUGUCCCCAAUAAACAGGUGUCUUGAGGCACAAGG